UCAGGGUGUAAACAACAAGGUCCCCCACCAGCCGCAACUCCGCACUCCAACCCCAACAAUGGCCAGCGACGCGGGAAAAGAGAACAUUGCAGAUGGCCUCGUUGCGUAUCCUGCGCUGGGCAAGGCGCCUUCCCUAUCGCCGAGAAAGUCGUCGCGACGCAUGCGCAGUAAGAGUAUCGGACCCGGAGGUCUGGCAGCCGUCGAGGAGCCUCUCCUGAAGGAGACCAACGGCAACAGAAGAAAGUCCGCUUUCAUACCCGCCGUCAAAUCCAUCCUAGCAUCGAAUGACGAAGAUGAAAAGAAGAGGCGCCGCAAGUCGUUAGCAAGACGACGCGUUUCGUUUGCGCCCGAAGCCACGUUACAUACCUGGGAUGUCGUAGAAUACUUGCGGGAUGCGACAACAUCAUCCGCUUCCUCUGAAGCUUCGCGGCGAGCGUCCAACAUAUCGGAGGCUUCCACCCAUGCGUCCAACACACUGCGCUUUCAAGAAGACGAGGAGGCCUCAACCCCACCGCGAAAGUCCGAGUCGAAUGCGCUGCGGCCGACCUCAACCCCGGCAAAUCAGCGUGAUGUGCAUCAGAAGAAGAAUCGCCGAAGCUCUGGCAUUCCACCAAUGAAUUUCAACAACCCUGAUGACAUAUAUUCGUCCAGUCCCCUGAGCGGAAAUGGUAGCUCUCCUUAUCGUGGCGAAGGCAGCUGUGGACAGGAUGAGGAAGAAGACGAGGGAACGUUGAAGCUUGACAGCUCGCGGGAAUCUAAUGGCUCUGCUGAAAGCAACGCAAGGCUCAAUGCAGCCCUACGCGAAGCAGCUGGGCGGGCGGGUACGCAGAACCUCAAUCUAGACGGCAAAGACAAAGGCGCAAGCGAUGAUGAGGACAUGUCAAUGGAACUAGCGGAGGACGAUGUCACAGCAGCGUUCAAACCAUGGGCCAAAAAUAGCACCGUGGAUUCAUCGAAUGAUCAGGAAGCCCCGGACCCCUUUGCUGCUGCAACGCCAGGGCCAGAGGAUGAAGGAAAUGAAGAAGAUGAAGAAGAUGACAUGAGCAUGGAUAUUACACGUGCUAUAGGCCGGAUCGUCCAACAGGCAGAGUCUCCCAGUUCAGAUCUGGAAGACAUGAGCAUGGAACUGACAAUGCCGCUUGGUUGCAUCAAGUCGAUGAAGGCGCAGGAGCAUGGACAGCGUAGGAAGAGUCUGAAGCGCCGGGCCUCGCUAUUUGAACAAUCACAAGGAAGUCCCGCCAAACGUCCCGCUAGUCGCCGAACAAGCCUACGACAACGAAGGCUGUCAGACGAGAAGUCGUUGGCAGGGGAUGAUGCGACAAUGGACUUCACUGUUGCCAUUGGUUCCAUCAAGACUGGUCCGAUUCAAAAAGGAGAGCAGCUUCAGGCGAGAAGGAACAGCGUAGACACCACCUUCGCGGACGAGACAAUGGACUUUACGGUUGCAAUUGGAAGCAUCAAAGGUACCCAUGAAACAAAAAGUGGAAUGGGCGUAAAUGACGCCUCCGACGACGAGGAUAUGUCCAUGGAAUUCACCAACGUGAUCGGAGGGAUUAAGAACUUCGACAAAGCAGCUGCAAGCAAGCUAGGAUCUACGCACGAUCAAAAGCUCACACCACCUGGGUCGAAUUCUACGCCAUCAUCUGCCUCAAGGGGCCUGCAAUCUCCCGUAGCGUCAAAUAGAUCGCAACAGUUGACGCCAAAGAAGUCUCCAGCACAUAGGCACGACGGUCUUACCACCCCACCAAAGAUACCACCCCCCUCUGAACAGAUCGAGAAGUUUGAGCCGUCUCCCUUUGUCCGUAAGGGCAGGUCGAGUGCGUUGCCUCAAGAGUCCGUUUCGACCCCAACGAAAGGACCUCAGCGGACCUCUCCAGCCAAAUUACUGGACGACCCCAUUGCUGCCCCCAUUCUCGAGCGACGCCGAUCCUCCUUGUCCUCUGUCCAAUUCAGUCCUCUCGCUCCCGUGAGAGAGGAACCACUAGUCAAAAGCACCGCAGUGCUCUCCAACAACAUCAAGCUCCUCUCGACCCCGAGGAAGCAGAGUUUAUCUUCCCCGACAAAACGCAUGAUCACGCCGAAGAAGUCUCUGACACCUCAAAAGUCCGCGACACCACAGGGCCAGGUCCGCAGCGCGAAAGAGGCCACCCCAAGAAGGAGUCUCAGCCCGAGAAAAAAGGUAGCAUUUGGAUAUGAAUCCCCAGCGACUGAAAAUGUCGAAGCGGAUGCUGAUGCGGAAACCCAAGAGGAUGUGGAGCGGAUUUCAUUGCAGGAGUUCCUGGAAAUGACGAAGAUACGCUUUAUGGAUCUGAGCACGACGAAACGUCGACAUACCGCCGCACCGAGUGCUUUCCACGACAAGGAGAUUGAGGAGAAAGAAGAAUCGCUAGACCGCUACGUCGUUGCUGCUGCGUGCACACUCCCCGAAUACGAGUUGUAUCAGCAUGCGUGCCACGAGAUGAAGAAGUAUAUCUCCGACGGUCGCCACUUUGUGCGCACGAUGGAGGCCAACGUCAUGGAGGAGAAUCCCUUACUCUUCAGAGAAUAUCUCACUGCGCCCCCGAAUGAGCGCGCCGUGAUGGACAACCAGUUCAAAAACCUGAAGACGAAUGCACGGUUGGAGGCUCGCGGUGAAUGGUACAGCUGGCGGAGCACGCUGUUGCGUGAUCUCAAGGCAGGCCUUCUCGGGACGAUGGAGGGGUUCAUGCGUGAUGAGUCCGUCUUAGCUGAGCAAGAGAAGCUGCUCGACUCCGUAGUCCCGUCUCUCGUGGAGAAACAUGGAAAGCUCGAAACGCGGUGCAAGAUGCUGCAGCAGAGGCAUGAUGAGCUGAACAGCUGCGAUCGAGAGGAGCUUGAGCAGGUCAGGGAACGUCUUGUGGCUAUAGACACUGAGGUGGCAGAGAAACGUCAGCUUCUCGCUGAACUUCAGCAAGAGUUUGCCGACAAAGAGGCGCGUAUUGAAGCCGCUAAGGAGCGCAAGAUUGAGUGCAUGGCGGAGAUCAGAGCCGCGGAGCGUGUUCGCGAAGAGUGCCGUGGCUGGACCACUACCGAAGUAAGGGAGUUGAAAGGUAUAACACUCAUUCUCCUGUUCCAUCAUGCGUACCUAACACAAAUGACAGAGCGCGUAACAGCCCUCGAACGAGUCCAUGGCUGGAGCAUAACCGCUGCGACUUCGUCAAGCAUAACCAUGACACAUCUCAACGACCUAGAACUCUACUUCCACCCCUCAGCCUUCAACACCGGCAAUCCCAACGCUCCCAACGCCUCCAUCUCGCUCGGCUACGUAGGCGAUUCUGCAACACCCCAUCCUCGGCCCUUGACAACGGGAAAGCGCUUCUUCCUCCAACUCAUCCGCGCGCAUCUACAUUGCAUCCCGCAGGCGCAGACACGCAUCUCGGAUCUCCUCGCCCUCGUAAAGAAUAGCUGGGCCACUGCCCUCGCUGUAGCCGAGGGCGUCCGCUGGCUCAGCCAUGACUUCUUCACCGAAGAGACAAUCCUAUCCGAUGAGCGCAUGGCCGUUACGGCGAAUAUGCUGCUCCCGACGCUGCAGACGAAGGUGCGGUGUUCGUUUGAGAUCAGCGUUGUGCUGGGUGUUGGCGAGCGUGGGCGAGGCGUGGAGACGCGCGUGGUGCCGAGUGCGGAGUUGGUGUAUGGGGAGAAGUACAAGGUCGACCGCAUGAGGGAGUUUCUGGAGGAGAAGUGUGCGGACAGGGUUUUGCUGGGUGCGGGUGCGGAAGGGGUGAGAUGUUGGGCGGAGGCGGUGCUGGAUUUGAAGAGUAGGCUGCGGGCUACGGGGAGGAAGGGGGAGAGGGCUUGAGCGAUGGCAGGAUGU